UCAGUGAGGCAACACUCAGCUCCCAGUAGUGGAUGAAUACAACAGAGUGAAGAACUCUCUCUCUUCUUCCUUCCAUUCUUCCUUCCUGUCUCCUAAUCCUUCACUGGUUAUAUAUUUAUGUUAUAUUAUAUCUGUUGGAUUACUCUCCUGUCUUUCCUGGACUGAGGAGAAUAUCACACAGAGAGAGUGUGUGUGAUUGGAGAAGAACUGCUCGUGUCGAAGAGGAAUACACACUCGGCUGUCGCUCAUACCGAGAGGAGAGAGAGAGAGCGAGAGGAGAGAGAGAGAGCGAGAGGAGAGAGAGAGAUGUCUGGAGUGUCUGGCUGAACAAUCAAACAGAGAUUGAGGGAUGUGACAGAGAGGACUUCUUCAAGCAAUAACAGAUCUGUCCAUUCCGAUCGUCAGGAUGUCCGGUAUGGACCUCUCAUUGGAGGAGCUGAACAGAACCGAAAUCUCCCCAGACAACGGAAACUUCCUGAGGUUCUCCCCCACCUCCGUUUCCACUGCAGGCGCCGCGGCGGGGACGGGGUUGUCGUCGGGGCGACAGGAGAAUGUUUACGUGUACGUGUGGAUCUUCCUGAGUCUGCUGGUGUUCCUGCUGUCGAUGAUCAUCAUCUCCCUCCACAGGCUAAAGAAUAUCAUUACAUCCUCCUCCUCUGUACCUGACUGCAGCAGUGAGGGGGGCAGCUCAUUCACCAACAUGGAGAUCUGUAGUAUAUCUUCACAGAGGUCAACCGUGUCCUCACUGUCAAUUUGAGAGAGACACACACACACACACACACACACACACACACACACACACACACACACACACACACACACACACACACACACACACACACACACACACACACACACACACACACACACACACACACACACUCCUGUAAACAAGCUUUUCAGUUGGACCAUAUGGGACUUUACUCUGAUGUGUUAAGGCGGUAGCUUAAACUGAACUCUGAACCCUCUGUGACUUCUCCUUUUGGCUCAUGGGAAACAUAGUUCACUGUGUAAAGAGCAGAUCCAGGAAGACAGAGAGAGAAAAAAACUGUUUUUGAAUCUGGGGUAUAUUUACUACGAGCCAAACUGAAGCACAAGGGCCGAAAAUGUUUUCCUUACCGUGCGCACUGAUAAAACACCAGUCGUCUGUUUUCGAUUCUCGCAUCCAUGGAAUACAACUUUAGAAUCUUAGAAGUCCUCAGAAAAGUUAGCCAGCGUCUAAUCUUAUCUAGUGUCGCUUUCAGUGUGGUUUAUAUCGGUCUUUCUCUUUUUAUUUGACAUAGGAAACGACCGCUUCUGUUACUAAUUUCACAUGGAUAAACAUUAUGUGACUGAUAUGUUUAUCUCAGAUAACAUAUCUCAUCCAGCUUUAAUUCAAAGUUCAUCUUUCUCUGGCUGUGUACAAAAUGGUACCAUAUUCCCUGAAUAAUUGGCUCUGGCCAACAGUAGUGUUCUCUCUAGGGAAUAGGGGCCAUUUCAGAUUUGUCCGCACUGCUGAUUUCUUUCUGUGAUAUCCUAAAUCUCUACUGUUUCCAGGGCAACCUGUACUAACCUGAUUGUAGUGCGAAGUAUAGUUCUUUCUGUAAUGUCAAAAUAUCUCUACUGUUUCUAGGGCAACCUGUACUAACCAGGUUUAACUGUGAAGUAUAUAUCUCUACUGUUUCCAGGGCAACCUGUACUAACCUGGUUUAACUGUGAAGUACAUACUGAACCAGACCUCAUAUUUGAUUAUUUUGAAAGUAUUAAAUUGUAAUGGCCUGGAUAUCGAGAAGGUUCAACAAUAAAAAAUAUUAACAUUU